CGGGGGAGGGCGGCCGGCCGGCCGGGCGGAGGUGCGGGGGGAGGAGGCUUUCUCCUGGCCCAGGUGCCGGCCUUCGGGAUCGCAGUCCACUGGAGGAUGGGGUGGUGGAGGGAAACGGCCCCUUGGGGAUCCGAAGGGAGGAAAUACAAGCGUUUGUACGUGUUGGGGGCUGGGGAGGGCGGGUCGUGUCUUUCGGAGGCUUGGUCUUUUUGUCGCAGGGCCGGGGAUAGAGGAGAGUGAGCUGUCCUGGAGUGCCCUCUUCGCUUUUCAGAGGAGCCCCUGGCUCGUGACUGAGGCAGCUGGCCUGGGGCCCUGUGGUCAUCCUUCAAUCUAGAGGCCCAGGUCCCUUGCUUUUUUUUUUUUUUUUUUUUUUUUUUCCUCCUUUCCCCGGGGGGAGGGGCUACGUUGGCCCCUCCCUUUCCUUUUCUCAUUGGCACCUUGGACAGGGGAGACUGGGGCUAGGCCUCACCUCGCAGACGCCUGGGGGGUCAGGGGUGAAGAAUCGUGGCAUUGUAGUCACAAGACCAACGUUAUGUAACUGCAGGCUCUCCUGGAGGCACCUCACAUGCCAUAGACUGCUAGGCAGGCCAUGGCCAGCCCUCUUGGAAUUCCUGUCAUCAUAGGAGGGUACCAUGCAAGUGUCACGAUGUCUGACCGGAAGGCAGUGAUCAAGAACGCAGACAUGUCUGAGGACAUGCAACAAGAUGCCGUUGACUGCGCCACGCAGGCUAUGGAGAAGUACAACAUAGAGAAGGACAUUGCUGCCUAUAUCAAGAAGGAAUUUGACAAGAAAUAUAACCCUACCUGGCAUUGUAUUGUGGGCCGAAAUUUUGGCAGCUACGUUACACACGAGACAAAGCACUUCAUCUAUUUUUACUUGGGUCAAGUUGCAAUCCUCCUUUUCAAGUCAGGCUAGGUGGCCGCAGUGAAGGUGUCAGUGGCGGCGGCAGUGAUGGCAAGCAGGCGGCAUUGCUGGGACUGUUUUGCACUGGGGCCAGCAUCAGGAUGUCCUCUCCAAUGGCUGUGCUACUGCAUGGACUGUAUACUCGAUUUCAUGUGUAUGUCGCAGUAAACAAAACCAAACUUCUUUCUGUUUAGUUGCCUGGGGAAGAAGGCUGCUUUGUUUAUUUUUCGAGACUUAAAAUUUUUUUUUUUUUUUUUUUGGUUGUAUUGCACUAGGAAAUCUCUCCCACCCCUCUCUUUUCUCUUUCUCUCCCUAUACAAAUAAAAAGCCCUCAACAAAGCCUGUAAGACUAGGAGGGCUGGGGAAAAGAAAUAGGUUUCUGGAGGUGGAACUAAAACUGUGCAGCUGCCUCUUCCUGGUGGUGGAUGCUGCUUUGGGAGGGCCAGGGAGGCUGCAGGGGGGCCAGUGUUAGGAUUGACAAGGAGAGAGGGAUAGGAAGGAGGGUAGGGAGAUUGAUCUAGUACCAGGGAGAAUAUUCCACUGAACUGUGAUUCCACGGCUUGGGGCAGAGGGUGGGGCAUGGGCUGGAUUCUUUAAGGGGCCCCGAGACGUGUUUGUCUGUGGUGUGUGGGAGUGGGGAGCAGACUUAUCUUGCUGUCUUUGUCAGAAGAGUUUCUAAGUGAGGGCUGUGUCUUUUAUUCUUUUAUUCUUCCUGCCAGAGCUCAUGCUAGGAGGAUGUUGAGGGUAGGAUUAGCUUGAUUUUUUUUUCUUUUCAUUCUUCUCUCCUUCUGUCUGCUCCCUGCUUAGCUCUCUGUUUUCUCAUUCCUCCGGAGUUCUCUUAGAGCAGCCCCUGGUAGUUGGCUGGCAAGGGAAUUUCUGGUGACUAGUUCUUAGUUAGGUCUUAGCAAUCAAACCAAAUCAAUGUGUCCCUUGAUUUUUCUCUGUAUAUGUGUGUGAGUGUGUGUAUAUCUUGGUUUGGGGUAGAGGGGAGGGAGGGGCAGGACUGUGGAAUCUCUAGGGUGUAUGGGUAGACAGGUGGGCCUUUAUGUUAAAAACCUCUGGGGGCCUCUGUUUUGGGGGUGAAGACGGGUAUCACCCUACCCCCUGUCAGCCAUCUGGCCUAGACACUGCUUGCCCUAUGGCUGUCUGCUCCCAGGAAGGCUUUAGGAGGAUAGUCCAGGAUGAGGUGGUCAUGCUACCAUCCACCCUGGAGCUGGGUCUCAGUGGAGAGGGAAAGUGACUUUGUGAAUGGUGGCAGCCUCUUGUGGGAGGCAGGGGUGGAAGUGUGGUAAAGGGCUGUUGAGGGGCUUUGGGAGAACUUUGGAGGAGGUCAGUCUUGGAGUGGUGAAGCCGGGAAUUAGGGGAUGGAGCAGGACCGCUAGUGGGAGGAGAUUCCAAGGGGAGUGCUCGGGAAAUCUUGUCUGUGGAUCAAACAGGGAUGGGGUGGGGGAUGGGGUGGGGGGAGUCAUUACUGAUUGAGCUGUUGAUUCUUGUAAAUCACAUUAAAAACUCUCAUGUGUAGGGUUGAUGCUGUGGAGGGGGUUUGGGAUCCAGCUCAUUUUUUUUUUUCCAAGUCCAUCCUAGAGGUUGGUGGGGAGGCAGGAGAAUGCCCCCUUCUCAAGCCUUUAGUGUGUGCUGAGCUUUCUUUUUGAUGCUGACAGGGGAGGGUGGGGACUGGGAUUGUGAGUGAGUCCCCCCAUGUCAAACCCUUUGGUGGGCACAAGACUGAGUGCUUGAGUUUACGUUUAUUUUUUUAUGACUGUCCAGAUCUGUUUCCCCCUGCCCUCCCAGACUUGUGUGGCCAGUUGGAAAUGUCUGGUUUGUGUUCAUCUCUCCCUCAUCUCUGGAGCAGGGGCUGAGACCCUGCCACAUCUCCUGUGCUCUGCAUCCACGCCUCUUUUGGACAUUAAAGGUCGAUUGAUGCA